CAGGAGACGGGGCGGGCCAGAGGGGGCCCUGGGCGCAGCGACCCUGCCCUGCCUUCCACCCGGCACCGCCUGUUCACACCGGGUUAUUUCUGCACCAGCUAAGCCGGUUUGGAGAGUUUGGGCUCAGCGGCACGGGGGGGUGCAGAGGUCGGGGCCGGCUCGGCUCGGCUGCCUCUCGGUCCCGCAGCGCAGGCCGGACACGGGAGGUCCAGGCCCUGGGGCAGCAGGGUGCAGACUCCGGUGCCAAACCGGAGCCGGAGGCUCGGCCCCGCCCGCGGCUGCUGGGAGCUGUAGUUUUCCUCCCGGCCCCAGCCCGGGGGAAUCCGUGUCCCCCGCGGCCGGGCUCCCCGCGCCCCGGCCCGGCGCUGCGCUGCGCUGCGCGGGGAACCCUGCGCCCUGGCCCCGCCUCCUGGCGAGGGGCGCGCGUCCUGCGCCCCCCUUGCGCCCCGGCCCUGCGCGGGUCCCCGCGCGGACUACGGCUCCCAGGAUGCAGCGGGCGGGAGCCCUUUGUCUCUCCCCCCGGCGACGGCCGAUCGGGCUGGGGAAGUUCCCGAGUCGGCGGCCAUAGGGGAGCCGGGCGCAGCCGGGGCGGAGCGCGCAGCGGGCUCCGAGGCAUUGACGCGGAAAGCCCGUCUCAGAUGGAGCGAGGGGACAAGCUGCAUGUGGGCGAUCGCCGGGAGAUGAGAGAGAGGGGAAUGCCGGACACCUGUGGCACAGGUUCUGCCGACAUCAGCCCCAAGGUGUUUAUUAAAACGGAGCAGGAAGAGGAGCCAUGCAUGGGGGCGCCCCCAGAGCAGAGAGAGAGAGGAAUUCUCCAUGCCCCCAGCACAGGCUGGCCUGACGUGAAGCGGGAGAUUGUGGUGAAAGUGGAGCCAGACGACGAGUCAUAUGUGGGGUAUCCCCAGGGCCUGGGGGAUCGAGAACUCCCUGGCUACCCCAGCACUGGUAUCAAAGCAGAGAUCGUUGUCAAAACGGAGCCUGAGGACGACACAUACAGCGAGUGUGCCCAGCAUUACUGUGAAGGAGACGGUCCCGACGACCCCUUCUGUGACGCAAAUCCGGAGAUUAUUGUGAAAGUGGAGCCAGAUGAUGAGUCAGCCAUUGGGUAUCCCCAGGGCCUGAGUGAAAGCGGAAUUCCCGGCUACCCCAGCCCAGCAGGUGAUGGGAGCAGGGGUGCCAGCGAGCAGAAGCACCCUGGGGAAGAGCCAGAGGAUGUGAAACCAAACAGGGCUCUGCUGAUGAGAGGCUUAGAGGCUGCUUCCCCAGGCUUGCUCAGGACAGAACCCAGCAUUAAUCACUGGAAAGUGCAACACGCCCAGGGAAACAUCACGGCGCUCCAGAGAUGCACAGUGACUCUGGAGGGGCUGCAGACAACCCCUGAGCCCAAGGGAAAGGUGCCAACGGCCCCGACAAACAACUCCAGCCAGAAAUCCCUUUCGGCCUCUGACCGCAGGGGGGCUGUGGCUGCCAGCACCGAGCCAGUGAAACGCCCACGAGCCCACGCUGCCGAGCGACCAUUCACGUGCACCGAGUGCGGGAAGAGCUUCCAGCACCGGGGAAACCUCAUCACUCACUUGCGGGUGCACACGGGCGAGAAGCCUUUCACCUGCACCGAGUGUGGCAAGAGCUUCAGCCAGAAGGGCGACUUGAUGCGGCACCAGCGCAUCCACACGGGUGAGAAGCCCUUCGAAUGCAAUGUGUGUGGGAAGAGCUUCUGCUCCAAGCAGACCUUCAUCCUGCACCAGCGCAUCCACACUGGGGAGAAGCCCUUCUCUUGCACUGAGUGCGGCAAGUGCUUCAACCGCAAGGCCAACUUCAUCACCCACCAGAAGAUCCACCGCGGGGAGCGCCCCUUCGUCUGUGCCGAGUGCGGCAAGGGCUUCUGCGCCAAGAAGACCUUCAUCCUGCACCAGAAGAUCCACAUCGGGGACCGGCCCUUUGGCUGCUCCGAGUGUGGCAAGAGCUUCAGCCGCAACGGGGAUCUGACCCGGCACCAGCGCAUCCACACUGGGGAGCGGCCCUUCGCCUGCGCCGACUGCGGCAAGUGCUUUAGCCACAACGGGGAGCUGAUCAAGCACCAGCGCAUCCACACUGGGGAGAAGCCCUUCACCUGCACCGAAUGCGGCAAGAGUUUCAACCGCAAGGGCACCCUUAUCACCCACCAGCGCAUCCACACCGGGGAGCGCCCCUUCGUGUGUGCUGAGUGCGGCAAGACCUUCAACCUGAAGACCACGCUGAUGAAGCACAAGCGGAUCCACACGGGGGAGCGGCCCUUCACCUGCAUGGAGUGUGGCAAGAGCUUCAAGUACAAAGGCAACCUGCGGACGCACCACCUCACCCACACAGUGGAGCGGGUCUACCCCUGCACCGAGUGCGGGAAGAUCUUCAGCCACAAGAAGGAGCUGACGGUGCACCAGGCCGUCCACACAGAGGAGAGACUCUUGUCCUGCUACGGAGAUGGGGAGUCGUUCAACCCCUUCCUCCAGAUGCAUCCGCUUCUACUGUCUGUGCCCCAAGCCAAAUGCCUCUGGAAGCCUUAACGCAAUGUACGUAAGGAGGGAGUUACAGAAAUGCUACGUCCCCUGAGCAGGAGCAGAGGAGGAGCAAUGCUGUAAUUUAGGAUUUGGACAUGCCGUGGUGCUGUACAGUGUGCUGAUGAAAUAACAGGCUCACUGGCACAAAGAGCUCCCAGCCUGAAGGCCUGCGCUGACGAACCAACCGUGCAUCCCUAAGGAAAACACAACUGCACAUUCCCUACACAACGCAGCUCGAAUUCAAAUGCAAACAAAGGCUCAAGUCUUGCCCUGAAGGAUGCCAAAGCUGUAGUACUAAUGCCAUUUGCCGGGUUGGCCAUAACCCCCAGAGGUGCUAGAGAAUGUCUGGCACAAGGGAUGGGAGAUUUCUGGGAAGGGAUCCGGUUUAUGGAGCAGCGCUUGGAGGGUGUUGAAAAUGACAUGACCCGGGUUAACUGAUGUGGGGUCUUCAUCUUACUACUGAAAGGAGCGGUGGGUGCUAGUAGAACUUUCCUGCCCAUUCCUGUGUGGAGCAAACGCGGGAGCGUCGUGCUCAUUGGGAUAGUUCUGGCAAAGACCAGUGGUUUCUCAGGGUGGGGGGUUCUGUGCUGUGUGUUAUUGUUAGGUCAGGCCUAGAGGGUACUGGGGGGGGUGGGUGAGACUUUGCUACUGCGCUGUAGUUAUGGCUUAUGCCAGCAGCUCCUCAAUGGAGCUACUGGACAGACCUGACGGACGGCACCUGUUCCAGCCGGGCCGGUGACAGUCUGGGAAAUGAAAGAAAAUCUCAUUCGAGUGUGGACUUGAGGACUCCAGGUGCAAUGCCCUGGAGCAAUAAUUACUGUAGUGCUAUUUCCUCUCUGUUCUCUUACUGACUAUUUACCCACCAGGAGUGUGCGCCGGGCUUUGCAACUGCGUACAGCCUGAUCCCUGACCUGAGAGGUGACCAUCUCACUGAGACCACCUAGAGAUCUUACAGAGAAUCACAGAGUCGUAGGGCUGGGAGGGACCUCGGGAGGUCAUCUAGUCCAGUCCCCUGCACUCACGGCAGGGCUAAGUAUUAUCUAGACCAUCCCUGACAGGUGUUUGUCCAACCUGCUCUUAAAACCCUCCAGUGACAGAGAAUAGUUAGAGCUGGAAAAGACCUAUUGGUCAUUUUGCCCAUUCCUAGCCAAUGCAGGGUCGGUCUUUAUAUUUUCUAGGAAUAUGUCCAGCCUACUGUUAAACCUCUCCAGCGAUGGGUCUUCCCUUGCUCCCUUGUGAGGUCUGUGCACAGUCUAAUAAACACUAACUACUUCUCAUCUUGUAUAAAAGGGACUUGGGUUUAGUUGCUAGUUUGUAGUUAGGAAAAGGGUCAUUUUAAAGUUAAAAUUUGUCGUUCUCCGUGUGGAUAGCCUAGAAUCAUAGUUGUUAGAUUUGGAAAAGAACUAAUAAGUCUUAUAAUAAAAUCUAGUACUUCUCCCUGGCA